AUGUCUUACGUUUUAGAAACUGCAAGUGGAGCGCAGGUUACGCUGGGUGACCUGACCAAUCACAGUAGAUGCAGCAAGCUAUACACUAACUAUUCUAGGACAUCAGCGAGGAUUCACGCUGACACUGAUCAUGAUCGUCAUCUCAUCGCAAAUUCACUUCUUCAGUCUUCUGAGCUGCCAUUACGAUUGAGCAAUGCCUUCGAGAACAAGAGCUUGUGCUGUGUGUCGAAGGAAGCGCAUCAAAUGCGUUGCCACCCUACCGUACUGCCUAAGCAACUUCCACGCUCAGUCAAGGACGGAACAGACCAGGCGCUGGUGCUGGCCUCGGAAGCAACAGUAACAGCAUACAGCGCCAUUAUGAGCUCGGACACAGCGUCAACCCAGCACGCGUGGCAUAUGUACGGCUUGGCGCUUCGCGCACAUCACAGCCUACUGCAAAGUGCUCCCUCGAAGAGCAAUUUCAAGUUGGUCAAUCCGCAAGGCAAUCUGUUGUUCAGCGACGUUUUUGCAGCGCUUACAACUGCAUACUUCAGCUCGGCACACAUCCUGCUGGCAACUAUUACAUCCGACACAGUUGAUUUUGCAGACUUGACGAGCCACUCUCAAGUCAUUCUCAAUGCCGCGACGCAUAUUGACACACACCACAACGCAAUUGCAUACACGCGUAUGGCAACACCGUUGCUUGUAGUUGUACUGCAUGCACAAUGUCAUAGACAACGCAAACAAGCGAUCGACAUAUCUAAGUUCUAUUCAAGAGGUAGCAUGAAAGGUAUCAGCGCACUCUCUCUGAAUGCUGUGCGUCGUAAGAAAGCAGAAUGA